UAAUUCUUCGAUUCGUUUUACUUUCAAUCUCGCCGGAUGGAUAAAAGCGAUACUAACUCUCUCUCUUGUGAAAUAAAAGAAACCAUAAAACAUCGCCUAGAUCGAUCUUCUUGUCUUAUACCGAUGAUGGCAAUGGAAAUCAGAAAUUGGACGUCAGACUACUACAUCACGAACGAGUCGAGCUGUCAGCAAAUUCUAGAGAGCCCAGACGCAUUGAGAGAAUUACCUUCACUGAACAAUGUUCAGCUACGAGAGGUCGCGGACAAACGGCUGGCCAGGUUCCGUGGGAUGGUUCAAGAUAUGUAUAACCCGGAAUAUUAUUUUAAACGAUACGAGGUGAGGAACUCGAGGACCGGGGAAAGCGAUGUCAGGUGUGGAAUGUAUGCAGACGCAGCCAGAUGUUCGUUGCAUGAGGAAAUAUCUCUCGACUCCGACAGGAAUGAAAACGCGGAGAGACAAAUUUACGUUGUCAUUUCUGAACCUGGAUUGAACGACUGGGCGAAGGGGACGAGCACGAAUGCACAGGAAGCUAGUCCAGCGACACACAAUAGCAAUAUACGUGAACAAAAUGUGAAUGAUAAUUCUGAGGAAAUGGAUUGCUCGGAGCCCGUUGCAAAGAAGGCAAAAAUCGGGGCAGAUGAUGACGUGAGCAUGAGUAAUGCCGAGUCCGCUGCAAAGGUUCAAAAUGUGUCGGAAGAGCACAUAUUAAAUUUUCCCAUUCCGAUCGAUGGCGGAAAAGCUUGCAUAGUUAAGGUUUAUGAUGGGACAGUUUUAAAGUUGAACCAAGUUAUCGACGUAAUAGGAUUCGUAUCGUUGGAUCCGACGUUAGGUACAGUUCAUGACUCGGAGGAUGAGAUGAAUGACGCCGAAGUAAGUACUCAUAAUCCGCCGCCGUCCCUGGUACCGCGAUUGCACGCGGUGAGGAUAAACCAGCUUGGGAAGUCUGAGAUUCCAAACGCUCCAGAGAUCGUAUCUAAGGCACAACUCAUCAGGGGCGAUUUGCACAUAAUACUGAGCCAGUUGCUGUUCGGGGAUCAUUUAGCUGCAGAUUACUUAAUAUGCCAUUUGCUAUCGACAAUCUUCGUCAGGAGAGAUUGCCUUUGUCUGGGUACGUUUCCGCUGAACAUCACAAAUUUCCCAGCCAGUAAACGCGACACGUUUCCGAGAGAAUUCUACAACUUCUUGACACUGAUCGUAAAGAAGAGCCAUUUUCUGGAGGUGACUUUGGAGAACUUAAAUGAAUUAGCUUUAAUUCCAAAGAAAGACUAUGAGUGUGAUAGACUGACCAGCGGUGCUCUUCAGUUGAGCGAUAACACGCAUCUUGUGAUGGACGAAACAGGCUUAACCACCGGUGAGCUCACCGUGACUGGCAAGGGGAACUACAGUGCUCUGUCUGACCUUCUCAUGUUCCAAAAACUGACGUACGACUUUAAGUACUACACGAUGGAGUACGAAACGGAUAUUCCAGUUCUGAUAUUCUCCGAUGUGAAAUCGUUUAUCCCCUGCCCCAUGCAAAUUGCUUUAAAUGUCGACGCGGAAUCGGAGAAUCUGUACGGUCAAGUAGUGGAAGCUGCGCGUCAGUAUUUAAAGGAUGAGAAUCGAUUGGCGAACAUUCGUCAAUACUUGGAGGCACUGAGGCACACGGAAUUCGUUAUUAAUGAAGAUAUUACAAAAGUUAUUCAAGAGGACUUCGUGAAGUUGCGAAGUGCGAAUAUAAGUGUAAAUAAUAUGCAUGCAUUCAUGGUUCUCGCUAGAUUGAUGUCUUUAUCGUACGGAAAAACGGCGCUAGAUACGGAAUGCUGGAAGAAAAGUGUACAGUUGGAAAUGGAGAGGCUGAGCAGGUUGCCGCAGCGCGGAUGAUGAUUCGCGAAUUUCAGGAAACAGCAGGAGGCAGAUGUAACGCCGAAUGUACAUCAAAUUGUACGGUAAAUGAAAAUAUUUAUUUUACUAUAUAUGUAUAUGCUUUUGUAAUUAUUUUAUUACCGAUUAAAAAAUUAUGUACCACUUUACAUUCGUAUUGUUGAAUACUCUAUGAAGCGGAAGAGUAGAAUUCUUUUUUUCUCUCUCUCUUUCUCGUUUUUUUAUUUACACAGACAAAUAUAAGACAGUCAUAUUUCAAUAGAUAAAACGUCGCUAAUAAGUACCAUGCGAUUGGAAAUGGUGUUUGUACAUCGGCUACGAUCCAUUUCGCGAGUUCUGAAGACCAGACGUGUGUCGGUGUUCAUUCUGUUCGAAAUGGAACUAGCAUGCCAAAGCGAGCGUUAUUCCCGUUUUUGAAGAUAUUUCCUAUCAGAAAUAUUUCCAAAAAUUUCUGGUUCUUUAAGUGAAUACAUUGAGAAUGUUAGUAGGUGCAUAUAUGUUCGGUAUGUACGCCUCUAAGCACGUAAUGAACGUUGGAAGCUCAAAGCAGUUUUAAUAGUUUACACAGCAUUCAAAAUUGGAAUGCGAGAUAUAAUUCUAUCAAUUUUGGAAGAUUUCUUUUUACUUGGACGCAAUCUUGUAAUUGAACUACUUAAGUACACGCUUUGCGAAAGGCGACACAGAUAUUUUCUCACAUUUACUCACAUUCUCGAUUCGCGCAAUGUUUGCCAACCGAAAUGUGAGAUGAGCGUGUCGAGGCUUACGGUAGCUUGCAUUGCCGAACUUGUUCAGCGAUUCUUUCUUUAAUUAUUUUUAAUCUUCCUCUUUUUCUUCUAAUAUCUCAAUAUACUUUUACUCGAGUGUCCGAGUGUAGAAAGUCUAAUAAAAAAAUACAUUGUAG